CCACACUUUUUGUACAAGCGAUUGUAUAUAUAAACAUACGUCCGCACAUGUUUUCGAGUUCAAUCAAUCUUGCGCCUAUUACACACACACAACGAGCUUGUGUGCAGUUUCUAUCUGCUAAAUUCUACUCACAGUAAUUUGUGAUUAUGGUAGAAAACACUUAAAGUGCCACACAGUGGGAUUGAACUUGGAAUCACAUAGUUACAAAGCAAAACUCCUUAACUAUACAACCGUGCUUAGAGCUGACAUAGUAUAGCAAAUGAAGAAAAUGGAGACUGACCAAACUUCAGAAUGUCAUGAAAGUGAUGAUGGUAAUAAGAACAACAGCAGUAGAAACGGUAAUAUUUUUACCAAUAACUGCAAUCUGGAAGAUACAACAGCUCUAGAAGAUGAAACAGAGGUAGAAGAAACUUUAAAUUCUCAAAAUAAGGAUGAUGGUAGUAAGAUUGAAGGUGAUAAGGAUGGUGAAACUUCUUCCAAACAUUCCAGUCUAAAAGAUGAUAUGAAUGCAUAUAUACUGCGUGCUUCUGAAAAAGGCAGAUAUGACAUUGUAGAGAAACUCUUAGAAAGAGAUCCAAAAUUGCUCAACGCUACAGAUGCUGACAAUUAUACACCUCUACAUCGGUCAGUUUACAGUGGCCAUGUUGAAAUUGUCAAGCUGCUGCUAUCAAAAAAUGCUAAAGUUGAUGCUUCCACAAUUGAUGGCUGGCAACCACUGCAUUGUGCAUGUCACUGGAGUCAAAUAGACAUAGCAUUUUUAUUAUUACAGAAUGGGGCAGACAUCAAUGCUCAGACCAAUGGUGGUUUGACUCCACUCCAUCUGGCUGCUGCUACUUCCUGUAAAUCAAUACUUGAAAUGUUACUAAUGAAUCGAUACUUGAACUGGAAUCUGAAAAACGCUGCAAAUGAAAAUCCUUGUCAAGUUUCAAAAUGUUCCAGUAAAAAUUUUUAUUUAUUUGAAAUUACAGAAGACCGAAUAAAUUUAUUGAAAUAAAAGAUAUUUUAAUGUUUUCAUAAA